AUGGAUUUUUUAAAAUAUAUUACCUUUAUUUCCGUAUUAACUUAUUUGUUCGUUUUGGUUACUUCGGUUGAGCCAACUACAGAAGAUGAUAGAGUUGUAUUUAAUGUUAUUCUUAAAUCUGAAUCAGGUCGCAAUAAACACUAUGAAUGGUUAAAGAAUAAUCAUAAUAUAAUUGUUGGAAAAUCUAAACAAAAUAUUUUAUCGAUUAAAAAUAAAAAUUUUGUAAAGGAUUUUUCUGUUGAUGGUUUUUACGGAUACACUGGCUGGUUUACUCAAGAAUUUGCUAGUAAAACAUUAAAGCAGAGAGAUGAAGUCGCUGUUGUGGAACAAGAUAUUAAAAUGAAAAUUAAUUAUGUGGUUCCACCCGGUAAAAACUUUGGUGUCGCAAAGAAAUCUACUGUUAUUUCUGUAAGAGUUCUCGAUCCUUUCGGUGGAGGUACCGCUUCGGUUGUGUCAGCAGGUAUUUUUUCUAUAUUUGAUGUUAGUGCAUUGGCGGGAACUUCUCAAGCAACACCAUUUGUUGCUGGUGCAAUUGCUCUUAUUAUUGCAAAAAAUGGUAAUAAAAGUCCAGAAAAAAUGGCCACUGCAUUGAACGAUUUGUCAACUAAAAAUGCAAUAGAUUUUGGUGGUAACCAAACUAUUGUAAUAGGUACUCCAAAUAAUUUAUUGCGCGUACCUGCACCAUAA